AUGACAGCCCUCAUCGAAACAACUUGUGGAGACCUCGCAGGUGCAAGAGAAUCAGUCCUUAGGAGCGCCCUAAUAGCCUACCCUGCCAAGAUUUCAGAAGAAGUGUAUGAAAGUCUCAGAUCAGAUGGCUUUCAGAAAAAGUGGGUCCUUCUCUUCCGCUGCAAGGUCACGGAGCGCCGAUACAUUCCUCCCAGACUUGUUCAUGCACUAGAGAUUCCCAAUAAUAUGCUCCGGGAGCUUGGGUUGAGUAGAUCAGUGGCGAGGAGUUCAGUUCCAAGGGUUGGCAACAAGGUCGACCUAUGGCGCCAAGUCGAUAGUGGGAUAGUGAUAGAUCGAGUGGGUGGGUACGACGAGGUUGUUCUUGCCUUCACCGAAAAAAAGAUAGCCAGGGAAAACAACACUCACCCAGGAAACUCUCAUCCGCCAGGCAAUACUGAACCUAUCAGCUUCAUUUCGAUAACUACGAUUAACGCGAGGCAUUAUGACGUUACCUUUCGUCAACGACGCGUUCAAAUUAGCCUUAUCUGCGAUGGUUUGACCCCAAUCCAUUCUAGAAUAUGUCAAGGUUAUAGAAAAUUCAACAAGCCAUUGAUCACACAUUACAUUUUUCAACUUCAUUUUAUAAAUCUUGAGCUAAAGUUCACGAGAACGAAGUGCAACCCUCAUAAAGGCUUCAUGCAAUUGUCGUGCGGGAGAGUCUGGGCAUCUUGGAUUAAAAGCACUCUCCACAGCGAACCCAAAACCGGAGUUAUCCAUAUCGCCCUCCUGCCAGAACCCAAACUCGAGUUCUCCGGAGCUAGUGCGUCUUAUUCACUAUCGAAAACACGUAAAAUCCCUCAACUGAUCAUGCCAAAAUGUACCUCUUCAUCAACGUUCCACCACUUCCUAUCCUCAAAUUCUUCUUCCACAAACACGACCUUCUCCACAGAUUCCGAAAUUACAGCAGCCAAUUAUUUCCCGAACAAACAGAAUAGAAAUGUUAGACGAGGUCUCCUUUCAAAGAAUGUCUGUCCUUUUGAUGUAAGCCGCUAUGGCGCUGUGAAAACAGGCGGAUUUGGCGGUCGAAAGCAUAUUGGAGAAUCACUGAAAGGCCUAUCUGUGAUUGAUAGGAUGGACAGUAGACGUAACCCUAGGACCCUUCGGAAGAAAGUGAAUCAUGCACUAUCUCCGCAUCCCUUUUAUACGCGAUCUCGCAAAUGGGUAUUUCCAGCAACAAAAACACGCAUCAAAUUCCAGUCUAGUAGCACAUGUCCAAAGAGGGAUCAGCCGUCAAAGACGAUGCUCAAGUGA